AAUAUUCAGCACCACCUUUGGCAUUCAGACAAAUUGCCAGAAGAGGAAUGCACAGGUGUGGAGUGGGGACAAGUUAUUGUACCUAGACUGAAGGCACUUGCCCAGAAUUUCUGGCACUUAUAAGACACCUGCAGACGUUGCUGGCUUGAAGAAAGCAUCUUUUCUGCUGCCACGACAACCAUGCAAGGAAUGCAACAGACGACACCAGGGGCUGGUGCUGGUUUUUACCAGCCAGGACCUCAUGCUUCUCAAAACGAGUACCAAUGGCUAGGGAUGCCAGAGAAGUUCUUGAAGGGGGAACCCAAAGUCCUCGGGGUUGUCCAGAUUCUGAUUGCCCUGGUGAACUUCAGCUUGGGAAUAAUAAUGAUUACUGCUGUGGUGUCAUUUAAUGGAAUUUAUGAUCGUCCUUUAACAGUGUACUCAGGGUACACAAUUUGGGGGUCGGUGAUGUUUCUUAUAUCAGGGUCCUUGUCAAUUGCAGCAGGAACCAGAACUACAAGAGGUCUGGUCCAAGGUAGCCUAGGGCUGAACAUUACCAGCUCUAUCUUUGCUGCAUCAGGGAUCUUAGUCACUUUGAGCAGCAUAAUCGUUUUCUCAGUUACUUACCCUUUGUGUAACUAUCAUCAGAACUCGGAGAAUUGUUCCAUGCUUGUAUCUGCUUUACUGGGUAUGGAUGGUAUGGUGCUCAUUUUAAGUGUGCUGGAGUUCUGCAUUGCUGUGUCCCUCUCUAUCAUCGGGUACAAAAUAAUCUGUUGUAAUCGUGGUAAGGUUGUGUUCAUUGCUUCAUCAAAUCCUCACGUGGCAUAAACAGCAUCUCCUGCACCAGUUACAGGAUAUUUGAUGCCACCAACAGAUCAACAGGGAAAUGUUCCAGAAAACCUUUCUUGACAGUUAUGCAAGAACCCCACUUGGGAAAGUAACAGAAUCCAACUCUGACUUUAAUAUAUUUAUCUAUAUAAAAUUCAGAAAUAUGUUCUCGUUUUCUCCCCAGAGCUCAUUUCGCUGGCUCUUUAUCAUCAAUAGCAGAAAUUAAAUAAAUGUAAAAGUCAAUAGGACCUGAAAGUUUUUCAUCCAGCUUCAGGACUUUUAUAGAAGGACAUAAGGUGGUAAAUAAGAUUUGGCAGAAUAAGGGCAAAAAGAUAUUGCUGAAUGAGGCCUCCAUGCAGACUACAUAUUUCUGCUUCCUUGGUCAAUACUUCUCCCUCUUGUGUGACUUUCUCUUCCUGCCUUUGGCAAUACAAGGUAUUUUAACAUUUAGAAAGUUGAGAUGCGUGGCUUUUCCUUCUCUUCCCUUUUCCUUCUCCUAUUGAAAAUAACUUCGAAUAGCACAGUCAGUCCUUGCAUGUGCACAAACCAUUAUUUGCGUGUAAAUAUACAUAGAAUAGAAAUCAUAUCACGGAUCAGAUUCAACUUUUAUUUUUUCUCUCUCGCUCUUCACCUUCCUCUCCUUCCCUAUCUCUCUCAUUCUCUUUCCUACAGGGCAGGGUUAUAUCCUAAUCAAAUUUGUAUCCAGUGCCAUAUAUGUGAUAGAACAACACAUGGUAUUUACUGUUUGUUCAUUAAAUACAUUUGACUUAUUACAGAGCAAAAAUAAAUUAAACAGAAUUAGAAACAAUGAA